GAAGAGAGCCGGACAGAAAAUGUCAGCCAGACAGCGGGCAGUGCUGACGAAUGCUGGCAGCGGGAGAAGGGUCCAGAAAACCUCUGACGACUCACAGAACAAGUCCUCAGUUGCCCGGAGCUCGACACGCGCGCCCACCCCGAGCAUUCUGCCCAAUCAUCUCGUGAUCCUCUUCCUCGUCUCCCUCGCGGCCCUGGCCGGCCUCGCUCUCCGGCUACACUGGAGCCUCCCUCAGCCGAUCCAGACGGCGGAUGGAAACCCGAACGCGUUCAACUCCCGAGACGCGCGUCGCCACCUGGAAGACAUCGUGGGUCUCGGCACACGCCACGUGGGCAGCGAGGCUAACGAAGUGCACGCCGUGGCUCUCCUCAGGAAGAAAGUGGAGGAAAUUCGGAGGUUGGCAAGUAGGCAGGUAGAGAUCGAGCUCUCAGUGCAGCAGGUUUCGGGUAGCUUCGGCCUCGACUUCCCCGACAGCAUGACGCAGCUCUACCGGAACGUGACGAACGUCGCCGUCAGGUUCUCGAAGAGAGGCUCCAGUCCCCGCCACGCAGUCCUCGUCAACGCGCACUACGACUCUGCCGUUGGCUCCCCGGCCGCCAGCGACGACGCGGUCAGCUGCGGCACAAUGCUGGAGAUCCUUCGAGCCCUCGCCUCGGACCCACAGCCGUUUCUCGCCGACCAUUCCAUCGUGUUUCUCUUCAACGGAGCCGAGGAGACGGUCCUGCAAGCGUCCCACGGGUUUAUCACGCAGCACCCCUGGGCUAACGAGGUCAGAGUGUUCCUCAAUCUGGAAGCUGCUGGAGCGGGAGGGAAGGAGAUUGUGUUUCAAACUGGUCCCGGUCACCCUUGGCUCGCUCGCAUGUACGCCAGCGUUGUCCCGCAUCCAUUUGCCUCCGUCAUUGCCCAGGAGGUGUUCCAAUCAGGAGCCAUUCCUUCAGACACUGACUUCAGGAUAUUCAGAGAUUUUGGAGGUGUUCCUGGCAUCGACAUGGCCUACUUUGUCAACGGAUAUGUAUACCAUACAGCGUAUGACACGGCAGAUCGAAUCCCGGAUGGAAGCAUACAACGUGCAGGGGAGAACGUGAUGAGCAUGGUGAAGGCCCUGGCACUGUCUCCCCUCCUGGAGGACCCGGGCGCUGACCGACACGGGAAGGUUGUCUUUUUCGAUGUUUUUGGUCUCUUCUCAGUGGUUUACCCCGAGAGGUUGGCAGUCAUCUUCAACUCUCUGGUGCUGGUCGGCUGUGCCGUCAGUCUGUGCUCUGGCAUUUCUCUCAAACCUCAACAGCUGGAGAAGCCAUCUCUUGGGAUGGUGGUAAAGGCAGUUCUGGUGACCCUGGGGUCCUGGCUGGCAGCUCUAGCAGUGAACGUUGCUACGUCGCUGCUGCUCGACUGGACUGGUCACUCCAUGACCUGGUUCUCCCACCCCUCCCUCCUCCUGCCUCUCUACAUAAUCCCUGCUCUCCUCGGCAUGGCUGAAGUUCACAGCUUCUGGCUCAAAACUGUAUAUACACCCUCUUUAAACCAUAUAGUUGCUAAUGUUGUGUCUGUAGUACAGAUUUGUACUGGAAAACUCUGGAAGUACAGUAAAUUCUCUCUUCAUCUCCUCUCUCUCUCUCUCCCAGACGCCAACACUCAAAUCCCAUCUCUGUGAGCCGAGCUCCAAACAUGCUCAGACGCUGGUGUCAGGAGCCACGCUGGCUCUCCUCACGUACCUCAGAGUCUGCUCUGCCUUCAUCUUCGCCGUCACUCUCCUCUUCCUCCUCACCUUCCGCCGACUCCUCUGGGACGGUGUCCUUCGCCGGGCGGUCCCUCUGUCGUCUCCCCACCACAGACUCGCCUUUGUGUUGUGUGAGACGCUCUCAGUGAGUCUGCCCCUAAUGUUGGGGCUAAUUCUGGCCUCCUCUCUCGUGGAUUUCCUGGUCCCGAUGUUCGGGAGAUCGGGCAGUGUUCUUCCUCCUGAUCUGGCCAUAGCUGUCAUACUGGCUCUCCUGGUCUGCCUCACCCUCUCCUCCAUUGUACCGUUUGUUGUCUACACUGCCAGCAAGCGUCUGCGGAUGUUGCUGGCAGGAUGCCUGGCCCUUCUCUACCUCACCAGCCUGGCCCUCUCUCUGUCUGGGGCUGCCUUCCCUUACUCCGGAGGAGAGCAGCCUGCCCCAAAAAGACUCUUUCUGCAGCAUUUCCAGAGGCAGUUUCUGGACAGAGAUGGCUCAGUGAGACAAGAGGACUCGAAUGUUCUCCUCAUUACUGCAGACUACCUGGACAUUGGUCCAGUGAUGUCGGCCGUCCCUCAACUGGGCGAGGCCCUGAAGCCAUGGCCGUGCUCGGGCGUCUUCUGCGGCGUGCCUUCCUACCUCCCUCUGAUGAAAUACCUAGAUCAGUUCUGGUAUCUGCCUGCACCGCCCAUUGACCAACCUCCGGAAGUCUCUCUGGAGCUGAUAUCGCUGACCAAAACCACGUCAGAACGGAAGAACUUCACUUUUCAUAUGAAACUUCCCCGGCGAGCAUCGAUAUUCAUUGGUCCACGCAGCGGGCAGACCCUCACUAGCUGGUCCCUGCUGGAUGAAGUGACCCCUCCACUUCCAUGCGAUCACAAGCAGCCAUUGGGGGACCAGUGUUUCUUUAUUUUCUACUCUCGGGGGGCAGGGGUGGGCAGCGAGACCUUCUGGCUAGAACUAGAGGGUCCUUCCCAUUCUGAUGAGGUGGUGGAGAUUGUAGUUGCAGCUCAGCAGUUAGAUCCUCCUCAGUCUGUCACACCUACCCUCACCUCUCUCCUGGACGCCCUUCCUAGCUGGGUCACUCCUAUAGGCUGGACCUCCACCUACACCAGUUGGACCUUUUGAUCUAAUAGGUGUAAACUAGCUAGGUGUGUCUUAUCAGAGUUUGCAACCCACGC